AUGGAUAAAUACUAAAUAUCCUCCACAGGACGAUUUAUGUAUGAAAAACAUGAACAAAAUUUCCGAUUUUCUAAAUUUAGUGGUCUGUACUUAUUUCCAGGAAUAAUGAUAGUGAAGAUGGUGUUUUAUUGUAAUUAUAUCACAAUUGUAAGUGUUAUAUUGGCAUCAUUUUUUUAUUAUAAAAAUAAGCAUAAAUGGAGAUUCUUAAUCUAAGCUAUAUUAUAUAUGGCAUAAUAAGUUGAAAUAAACUAUGAUAGUAUUUCAUCUCAUAUUUUUACUUGCAUCACUAAUUUGAUUUUAGUGCCUUACUGGCCAAUGUAAGUAGUAUUUUAAAUAGGAAUCAUUAGAUAAUUGAAUCAUGUAUAUUUGUUUUGUUUUUUUAUUGCUCUUAUGCGAGCAAUUGAAAUUCUUAAGAGAUUUCUUUAUUCCAAAAUAUGUAAUAUCAACUCACAUCAAUGUGAAUAAGACAGCAUUUUUCUGAAUCUACCUCAUCACAUUUUAUAUUUAGAUGAAAAUAGCAAUGAACUAUUUUCAAAUAAGUCUAUAAAGUUUAAUUAAGAAUCAUAAAAGCUAAUAAGCGAUUAUAUUAAAAGGAAAUACUAUGGUAUAAUAUAAUUGGAAAAUUAAAAAAAGGAAACAAUUGAUUAUUACAUUAAGCCAUGGUAAGGAAAUUUCAUAUUAGUUCAAUCUCAUUUCUGUAGUGAAGAGAAUUAAUUUUUUGAAUAAAUGUAUGAAUAAAUAAAUAAGUUAUAUAUACAAUUAAAUUAAGACUAUACUAAAUGGAAUAAUUUAAGAGCAUUUCGAAUGAUUAAAGAGUCUGAUUUAAGUGUUUUAGGAUAAUGUUUAUCAGAAUGUUUACACUUAGAACAUUAAGUAAAAUCAAUAACAAGUAAUUUUUAAUAAGAAAUCUAAUAAUUUUACUUAAAAGUUACUAUUUGUAAUAUAAUAGAUUUUAUGGUUCUUAAAUUAUAUGAUCAUUUUAAUAUAAUUAAUUUGAACUUUGAAAGUGGAAUUCCAGAAAUAGUGGCUGGAGAUAAAAAACUAUUAUAAUUUAUUUUAUAAACACUUUUAACAUCAACUUAAUUUUGUGAUAAAUAAAAAGGUUAAUUAUCUAUUAAGUGUAUAAUUUAGUAAAUUAAUUAGGAAAAAUCAGGAUAUGAUCUUGAAUUUACUUUUAAUUUCACAUGUACACCUUCAGUAAUUAAAUUAUAUUCAUAAGUAUUUGGAGUUAAUGAAAAUAAAUUAAAUCCUAAUGAAGAAUGGCUUAUACAUUGUUUGAAAAAAUGCAAAUAAUUAAUGAAAUAAAAUUAGAAUGAAUUUAAUUUUUAAACAGAUGGUGAUAAUGUGAUAAUAACAUUUACUUUCUUGAGUUUAAUAUCUAGUAAUAAGCUUGAAUAAAUAUCACAAUUUACUGAUCUUACAUUUACAAGAAGUGUAUUAGAUGAUUGUCAUUAUUAAUGGAAAGAAAAAGUAUAAAUACUUCCCACCAAAUUUAUUUUGGAUUCAUAAACUAGAAAAAGUUUACCAGCAAUUAAAGAAUAAUAAAAUGCAACAUCUUUAUUAAAAGUUUCUAUUGCUUUUCCUGAAAUUAGAGAUGAAUUAAUACAUAUUUUAGAAACUGCUCUUGAAGAUGCAAAAGAUAAAGGACUUUUAGAUAAAGUUAAUUUUGAUGAUUAAGAUAAUAAUAUUAAAUGUGCUAUCAGUGUAAUUAUUGAUCAUAAUUUAUUAGGAAUAUGCAGAUAGCAUAGCUAAUUCACCCCCAUCCUUUAUUACACCUUAAGUCAAAGGUAGAAAAUUAUAAGAUUUGGCAAAAGAGAAAUUUAAAAAUCUUUUAAAAGAAGCUUAAAAAUAAAAAAAAAAAAAGAGAUUAUCUAAAAGGAAUAAUAGAGUAGUAUUUCCUAGAAGAAAUGAUACAACUUGUGAUCCUUAAAAUGUUCUAUGUAAAGUAAAUUUCCAUAAUUAAAUCUUAACCAAUAGAAAUAAUAGACCUUUUAUUAAAUGGACUCAUAGAUGCAAUAUUACUUAACCUCCUAAGACAAUUCAUGAGAUUUUAUGUUAUAUUCCUGAAAUUAAAUUAUCUAAAGACAUAGUUAAAAAUUUUGGAAAUUCUACUUACGAUACAAUAGAAAUAAAAGAUCCUAUUAUUUUAUUAGAUAUUGCUGAUGUGAUUAGACUUUAUAAAUAAUAUUUGUAACAAGGUAAACAAUUCUAUUACAUUAUGUUAUUUGUUAAAAAACCUUAAGAAAUUGCUGAUUUUGCUGAUAUUGUACAAAAGAAUGAAUAAGAUUUAGUUUUAUUACAUCCAAAAUAUUAAUAAACAUAUUUAAUAGGAAUUACUGAGUAAUCAUUGAAACCAUCUCUCUAUGCAUACUUAAAAUAUAUAAUUCCAUUUGGGCAAUGGAGUACUGAUAUCAAAUAAAUUAAAGCACUAAUUGCCAAAUAAAGAGAAAUAAAUUGA